CUUCCCUGCGUGAUUCUUCCCACUCGUAACAGCAAACCCUAUCUAGGUUCGUCAUACUACAAGCUCGUAGAACGUCUUGAGGGGAAAAGAUCACCUUAAUGUACCACGAGAGGCCGGAAGCUUGCCUUCCGCCUCUGAAGCCUGUCACGUGCGGCAGCUAUAGGCAAUAGUAGCAUCCCCUACCUAGCCAUGUUCCGCAACGGAGCAGCGAGGCUCUACGCCCGCCAAGUCCUGCCCCGGCACGGCGUCGACGCCCGCAUUGUAGCCCAACCCCACGCGACCCGAUCCCUCGCCGCCCGGCCACUGCUUGGCCAAGUCCGGUCCGCGUCCUUCGAGCCGCUGCGCCCGCCCUCGCCCGCCUCCCUCGGCAAGCCGAAGCCGGCGCGCGAGUACACGCGGACGCGGCGCUGGGGCCGGCGCCUGGUCUACAUCUCCGUAGGCGCGGGCGCCUUGUACGCGGUCGACGACCACUUCUUCGCCAAGGGCGUCGCGCGCUCGCUGCGCACCUUCGGCACGGGCCUGCUCGUCGCGCUCGACUACAAGGUCAACUUCCGGGCGGAGCCGCCUUUCGGGGGGUCGAUAGAGGACCUGCACCGGCGCAGCGCGGAGAGGCUUUUCGACGUGCUGAGGGCGAAUGGCGGGUUGUAUUUGAAGAUCGGGCAGGCUAUUGCGAUGCAGAGCGCGGUGCUGCCGCCGGAGUUUCAGAAGAUGUUCGCGCGCAUGUUUGAUGAUGCGCCGCAGGACGAGUGGAGGGAUGUGGAGAAGGUUAUUCGUAAGGAUUUUGGCGGGAGGAGUGUUGAGGAGGUGUUCGGGGUUAGCUUUACGGGUGAGGAGGGGAAGGGCUUGAUGGAGCGGAGGGCGAGGGCUAGCGCGAGCGUGGCUCAGGUCCAUUGGGCGAGGUUGCCGGAUGGGAGGGAGGUUGCGGUUAAGUUGCAGAAACCGGAGAUCGCGAAGCAAGUCGGUUGGGAUCUGUGGGCGUUUAAGGUUGUGAUGCGCAUUUACACAUGGUGGUUCGAUAUCCCAUUAUACAGUUUGGUGCCCUUUAUCACGGAACGUUUGCUGCUGGAAACGGAUUUCGAAGCCGAAGCUAGGAAUUCGGAGAUGAUGCGGCAGCUCGUCAACUCGGAGCCUAGCCUUAAAGGCAGGGUGUACAUUCCCCAAGUCUACCCGGAGUUCACGACGAAACGAGUCCUAGUUACGGAGUGGAUCGAAGGUGUUAGGCUCUGGGACAAGAAGGCAACGGGUGGUCGUUGGUUGGGAGGUUCUGGGUCUCCCGGCGUUCACGGUGCUCAGUUACAAUUCAGCCAAGCCGAUUGGCAGGCUGCUCGGCGGGAAUUGCGAGAGAACCCCAUGAAGGAAAGGUUAAAGCCCGACCGGGACACGUGGAAAGGACGAAAUGGCAAAGGCGGGUUAGGAUUGUCUAGCAAGGAGGUUAUGACGACGAUGGUGGAUCUAUUUUCUGCUCAGAUAUUCAAAUGGGGUGUUGUACAUUGCGAUCCCCAUCCAGGUAACAUUUUCAUCAGACGUUUGCCAUCCGGAAAGGCAGAAUUGGUCCUCAUCGAUCACGGGCUCUACGUUUACAUGUCACCUAAGUUCAAGCAUCAAUAUGCUUUGUUUUGGAAGUCGCUCAUGACUUUCGACAACGAAACUAUUGCUCAGAUCACGAAGGAAUGGGGUAUCAAUGCGCCUGAUCUAUUCGCAAGCGCAACACUCAUGCGCCCUUAUGACGGAGGCGAUCAUAGCACGAGAGGCCAUAUCAUGAAAGAACUUGAGGGUAAGACGCCUGCUGAACGGCAUUACGAAGCCCAGCGACGAAUGAAGCAAGGUAUUCGCGAGAUACUGUCAGACGAAGAGAAAUGGCCCCAGGAGCUAAUCUUCAUCGGCCGCAAUAUGCGCAUUGUGCAGGGCAACAACCAAUAUAUGGGAUCCCCUGUCAACCGAGUUAAGAUGAUGGGCAAUUGGGCAAGUCGGAGUCUAUUCCAGGACAUGAACCUUCCGUGGAGAGAACGCAUGGUGAACAUGUGGCAACAUUUCUUAUUCAAGACGGUCUUGUUUGCUACCGAUGUGGCGUUCUAUACCUUUAAGCUUAGACAAUGGCUUGGAUGGGGAGGGGGUAUGGAAGAUGAGGUCGAGGCUCGGAUGAAAGAUAUGGCGAAAGACUUCGGCGUCGAACUACAACAUGAGGUUUUCGACGGUUGAGACUAGAUCUAGAGGACAUGAAAUCUCUGCUAACUAAAAUACCAUGUAGAAUCAUAAAAAGCAUAGACGGAUUGGGGGUAUAUGGCUGCAUAUAGACACGGCCGACUUGUACUAUAAGUGUAAGGUACUAGGAACCGCCCCUAAAAUAUUAUGCCCACUUUGCAUGAACA